AAGUUGGUUUUAAGUUUCAGCUGAAGAGUCAGAGACUCACAGGAGACCUUUAAAGACAGUUUAUCAGGGUACAAGUGCAGUAAGUACAGCAGUAAAUACAGCAGUAAUAGUACAGUAAGUACAGCAGUUAUAUACAGUAAAUACAGCAGUAAUAGUACAGUAAGUACAGCAGUAUAAUAACUUGUACUUCAGUCAGUAGUACUCAGUACUGAUGGCUAAAUGGGGUGAAGGAGAUCCUCGAUGGAUCGUUGAGAAGAGAGCUGAUGGAACCAACGUCAACAACUGGCACUGGACGGAGCGUGACGUCAGCAGCUGGUCAUCAGAGCGCCUCCGUCAGCUGCUGUUGGAGGUUCGGGUGGAGGGACCGGAGGGCGUCUGUAAGCUGACGGAGGUCAACAAGCUGGAGGGAGAAUCCUCCAUCAACAACCGCCGAGGAAAACUCUUCUUCUUCUACGAGUGGCAGCUGAGAGCCAGCUGGCUGGGGACGUCCAGCAUCGGUGUGAAGUACAGAGGAACUGUUGACGUGUCCAACCUGUCAGACGAGAACGACAUGGACGACCUCGAUAUCUCAGCGUCUCUGUGUAAAGACCAGCCUGACACGCCGCUCCUCGGCCUCAUGAAGAAGAGCGGCGUUCAGGAGGUCCGGAAGGUUCUGGGCGAGUUCGUCCGCCAGCUCAAAUCAGAGUUCAGUCAGGGGAUGAUCCUUCCCACCGCCGACCAACCGGAGCUGCCUCAACCUCAGACCCAGAAGAACCAGACCCAGACCAGUAAACCUCCGAAAAGCUCCACCCCCAAGUGCUCCUCUGGCCCCGCCCCCAAGUGCUCUUCUAGCCCCGCCCCCUGCCCCACAGGUGUUCGGAUCUCGACAUGCACCUUUAAUCUGAAGGAAACCUUUCAAACGUCUCCUGAUGAGCUGUACAGGACCUUCAUCAGCCAGGAGUUCGUGCAGGUGUUUACGCGCUCGGCAGCGGUGGUGGACGGUCGGCGAGGAGGGAGGUUCCAGAUGUUGGAUGGGAAUGUUAGCGGAGAGUUCACACAGCUGGUACCGGACCAGAGGAUCGAGAUGAGGUGGCGGUUCAGGACGUGGCCCAGCGAGCACUACGCCACCGUCAGCCUGGAGCUGGAGGACCGAGGAGACGAGACGGAGCUGAGGAUGGAGUGUCGAGGAGUCCCAGCGGGGGAGGAGGACUCCACCAGGGAGGGCUGGACCCGGUUCUACUUCCACGCCAUCAAACAGACGUUCGGAUACUGAGGGGACUCUGAACACUAACUGUGUCAUGACACCUGCUUAAAGGAACAGCUCACCAGUUUAAUCCUUCAGUAACACGUGGCGUCCCUAAGGGGGGCGUCCUGGAGGCUCGGGGCGUGGUUAGCCUAGUUUAGCGUAAAGACUGGAAGCAGGGGAACAUGUUAGCCUAGCUUAGCAUAAAGACUGGAAGCAGGGGAACAUGUUAGCCUAGCUUAGCAUAAAGACUGGAAGCAGGGGAACAUGUUAGCCUAGCUUAGCAUAAAGACUGGAAGCAGGGGGAAAUGUUAGCCUAGUUUAGCAUAAAGACUGGAAGCAGGGGAACAUGUUAGCCAUCAGAACCAACUAAACAAAACAAUCCUUUAAAGUGCGAUGCGUUGUGUGUGAGCGAAUCAUUGUGUGAAUAAAGUUUGGACAGUUUCA